AUGGUCAUCGCUGACCGGAAAAAUCAUCGUAUUGUCCAAUGGAAGAUAGGUGAUACAAAUGGACAAGUAGUAGCUGGUGGCACUGGCCAAGGAAAUCGAUUGGAUCAAUUGGAUACUCCAAUUGAUGUGCUGAUCGACAAAAAGACGGAUAGUCUCAUUAUUAGUGAAAGAGGAAAUCGACGAGUCGUAGGAUGGUCUCGUCGUAAUGGCACAACUCAAGGAGAAAUCCUCAUCGACAACAUUGAUUCUUAUGGAUUGGCCAUGGAUGGUCACGGAUAUCUCUACAUUUCUAAUGCCUUACAUGAAGUAAGACGAUAUCAAAUAGGAGACAAGAAUGGAACUAUCGUAGCUGGUGGCCAUGGCAAAGGUACUGGUCUCAAUCAACUCAACUAUCCGCACUGCAUCUUUGUCGAUCAACAACAGACUGUCUACGUGUCAGACACCUAUAAUCAUCGUGUAAUGAAAUGGAAUAAAGGUGCAAAAGAAGGAAUUGUCGUCGCUGGUGGUCAAGGCGAAGGGAAUGCUCUGACACAAUUGUUGUAUCCUAACGAACUCGUCGUCGAUACGUUGGGUACCCUCUAUGUAGCAGACUCGUUGAAUCAUCGAGUGAUACGUUGGCCUAAAGGAGCAACACAAGGCACUGUCAUUGUAGGUGGAAAUGGUAAAGGAGCACGAGCAAAUCAGUUCAACAGUGCCGUCAGUUUGUCCUUCGAUCGUCAUCGCAAUCUCUAUGUCGUUGAUACGGAUAACCAUCGUGUUCAACGUUUUUCAAUUGAAUAG